AGCAAUAAAAAAUGUCUCGUGGAUUCGAGAUCUUACGCAGGGUGAGGUCCAGGGAAAAGAGGAAGUUCCAUAGGAUAUUUAAAAUGUUUUCCGCUCUCGGUUUGCGGAAGUACAAAGUAAAUCCGCUGAUCAUGGACGACCCGGAGAUCCAGGAGACGGUCGAGUCGAUCCUUGGGAAAGGCGCCAAAGUGGUGGAUUGCGAGAAGAAGUCUUCGAUCAAAGAGGAGGAAAUUCUGUUCAUAAACGGUACACAAGUAAAGCUGGAGGGCAGCGAGGGUCUUGCUAUAAAACAGGCGUUAAUGACCGGCCAGGUUCCUCCAUGCGACCUUCUCAACGCCAUUCUUAUUAAGAACGGAAUCCUGAAAGCACCAGUGAAACUUGAGACCUCUUUGAACGUCAAAUCUACCACGGUUUCCACUGAAGAGGUGACUGUGUCGAAGAAGGGCAAGAUAGUCGACGAGAGAAGCCGCGAGAUCAAUGAGCAAAACUUCUACACGACCUCGAUGAGCGAGAUCUAUGAGCCGGUAAAGAUCAUGCCCACGUCGGAGCUGCUGAAUUCGCAGAAGUACGACUACAACAACGGCUACGACGGCAGCUACUCGAGCGCAUCCAGUUUCGACUCGCAAUCCGACGCGCCGAACGGUUACAAGCAAAAGAACUCACUCAGCAAGGACUCUGGACAUCUCUCGAACUCCUCAACGAACAAAGUCGACUUCACACCUAGCUCUAUUGACUCGCUCAGCUCGCUGGACGAGACGGACCUUUCCGAGCAUUUCCGCAAAUGCAACGUAAACGGGUUCAAAAAAAUGACGCCUACAAUUUUCGGCACUGUUGCAUCGGAUCUAACGCCUAAGGAUUGCUCGAACAGAAGAAGCCUACCGCAGACGCCGCAAAGUAAAUUUUACAAUGGCGAGGAGAACAUCUCGGAAUCGGCCAUACACCAAGAGAAUGCUCUUGUUUAUAGGGAUGGAAAUUUGGUUUCGGGUCCACUCGAGGCUCUCAUUCAGAAUUUGGUACCAACAGAUACCUACUACCCGAACAGAACUUACAUUUUUGCGUUUCUGCUGUCUUCGAGACUCUACAUCAAACCGCAUGACCUCUUGGACAGGGUUAGGAAGUUGUGUGAGGCUCAACAGGCUUUAGGCAAACUUCCGCCUCAUCAUCAUUCCGAAUCCUCUGCCAGGUUCGCCGAACACAUGGUACAACUUUUGGGCGAAUGGACGGAAAUCUUUCCAUACGAUUUUAGGGAUGAACGUGUGAUGCAACAUGUGCAAACUAUAACACAACAAUGCAUCGAUCUGAAUAUUGGCGUGAGAAUGAACGUGUCCUCAUCUCUGCACAAUCUGCUGCAAAGGUUGACAGCAUUGGAGGAGUACGAGAAAUGCGAACAAAGCAUCGUGAUGGAUGAAAACUUCACCGAUAUUUCUGAAGUAUGCCCGAGUCCUGCCUGUUUGGCCCAGCAGCUAACACAUGUCGAACUGGAGAGGCUUUCGUUUAUUGGACCCGAGGAAUUCGUGCAGGCUUUUGCCAAAGAUAAUCUGCACCUGGAGACCUCCUUCAUAGACAUGAAGAAGACCCAUAACCUGGAGCAGUACGUGCAAUGGUUCAACAGACUUAGCUACCUCGUUGCAACCCAAGUUUGUAAAUAUCCCAAAAAGAAGCAGAGAGUGCGCGUCGUCGAGUAUUGGAUCGAGGUUGGCAAAGAGUGCUUCAACAUCGGCAACUUCAAUAGUUUGAUGGCAAUUAUUGCCGGUCUCAAUUUGUCUCCCAUUUCAAGGCUUAAAAAGACUUGGCUAAAAAUUCAGUCCGGAAAAUUCGCGAUGCUUGAACAUCAAAUGGAUCCGACGAGUAAUUUUAUCAAUUACAGGAGCACUUUGAAAGCGGCCAUGUGGCGGAGCGCCGGCGCCAAAUCGGAGAAAGUACAGGACCAGAGGCAACGAAUCGUCAUCCCGUUCUUCAGUCUUUUGGUUAAAGACAUUUACUUUUUAAACCAAGGCUGCUCCAACAAAUUACCCAACGGGCACAUAAACUUCGAGAAGUUUUGGCAGCUGGCCAAGCAGGUGACCGAGUUCAUGGCCUGGAAGCAGGAGACGUGCCCUUUUGAAAAAGAUGCCAGAAUAAUCGCCCUUCUGAAAAACGGACCCAUCUUGAACGAAAACUCACUAGCCAUGGCGAGUUUCGAAUGCGAACCUCCUGACAAUAAUCAGGAAAGAGAGCGUUGCAAGAGCUUGAAAGCAGAGGGCACGUCUUAAGAAGCAUUCUCAUUGCGAAAUGAGAAUCCUCUUAUUAUAAUUUAAGUGUACAAAUCAAGGAAAGUUUAAUUAUUCUUUUAUUCUUUCGUCUAAUUUAUUUAUUUUUUUUUAUCGAUGCACUUUCUGAAAGUGCGACGCAGAAUAUUUGUUGAUAUUUAAUUAUUAUUUUUUAUAUGAAUAUAUAUGAAAUAUAUCUGGGGCGGCCGUGCGCGAUAUUCAAAAACCGGAGCAAUUUUGAAAAUGCGCCGCUCGGAACGUUGCUGAAAUAUUAUGAAAUAUUUUCUAAUAUAUUAAUUUUCGUGGAAUUUUAUUGUUUUGUGAUCGCGACAUCGUACAAGUUUGUUUUAGAAUGAUGAGAGUAUUUUUGUAUUAUGUAAACCGGUUAUUAUUUUCGUCCAAAUUACUAUUUGUCAGCGACGAAUGAGAAAUGCACGGAAAGUAGUUUCAUUACUGACUGAAUAAUAUAAUUGCAACGCUGAAUAAGUUUCAUUAUUCAAUGCUAUAAAUUUACCGAAUUAUUUGGGUUGUUGUUUUCAAAAACGUGAAAAUAAACCGGUACUGAAAUUUUAAAAAUAGAAACCGGUUAGUUGUGAAACUGUUUUCCCCGAUGUUUUUCUACAUAUUUUGAAACUGUACCUUUUGUUUAUUAUGCUGGGCGCUUCAUCUCUAUUGCAUAAAACUGCUGUUGGCGCGCCCCGCAUAAUACAUUUACAUUAUAAGUUGAUUAUGUUUUGCCAAUUUAUAUAACGCGAGCUGUGUUUGUUACAAAUUUUAUUUUUAUUUUAAUUUAUUAUUAUCUUUUGAUGAAAUUUCCGUAAUUUCCGAAGUCUUUUGAUUUGCGGGCAUCCACCUCAACUUGAUUUCCUGAAGUACAUGGGAAACCGAAGUAAUACUCAAGUUGGAACCCAAAAUAAUAAUGAUGAAUAGCAGCGGUCUGUCUGUUCGACUGAUGACAGAGGAAUGGAAACAUUUUAUAUAGUUUUGUACAAUUUUUGGAGAAAAUCUUUUUUAUAUAAUAUACCUUGAAUUUACAAUUUCGAUGCGAGUACUUAAAAUGGGGAUGCGUAGGUGUAAGCAAAAACAAAACCGUAUUUUGACCAAAUAUGAUGUAAUUGAUAACUGCAGUAUUCAGUAGUGUUUGCGGAAGUAAAAAUAAGAUACUCUGAUUUUCGCACGUAAUUUCGGCUUCAAAGUACACUCGUUUUUAUACUUUUUUUCCAUGUUUAUUUUUCUUGUAUUAUAGUUAGAUAUUAAGCGCAGCAAUUGGGCAGACAUUGUGAUUUGUUGUUCUUUUCGUGGCCGGUCUCAGCUCCAGGCUGGACCUUCCAAUUUAGCAUGUUUUUUAAGAGAAUCAAGAAGCUUUCGCCACAUACACGUACGUUAUAUAUUAUUCUUCAAAAGACUUAAUUUAAUCAGUAUUCUAGUCAUUAGCUUGGUAAGGUAAAAAAAAACUACUAAUUAUUAAUUAUUAUAUGUUGUAAUAUUG